UCUCAACGCGGCACAAUGAACGUGUACAUCUUAUUAUUUGCGAUAAUUUCGACGGCAAAUACAGAUAACCAAGAACAAUCAUGGAAAUUCACAGACAUUAGUGAUUUUUUCAAGAACCAAACUAACAAAGUCAAUGAAUUCUUUGAUGAGCAGAAAUUGAAAAUCGAAACGGCUGUUAAUUCAAGUUACGAGGAGGCCGUCAAUUUCAAAGAAAAUAUUGACAACUAUGUGGAUGAACAAAAAAAGAUAAUCAACAAAGAAGUGAAUAGUUAUGUUGACACUAUCAAAGAACAAGGAAGGAAAGUUGCUGAUACGUGGUCUUAUGUUCCCAAUGAAGUUGUUGAAAGGAACAGGCACGAUGGUGGAGCGGCCGAGUUCACAGAUGCAAUGUUAACAGUCCCAACAAUCAUAUCAAGAAAUGGAUACAUUUGUGAAACACAUACAGUCAUUUCUGAAGGUUACGUUUUGAAUGUCCAUCGCAUUCCAAGAUCAAAAAAUGGUGGUGCAGUGUCUACUAAAACAGUUCUUCUUCAGCACGGAAUCUUUGCUAGUUCUGCAGAUUGGAUACUCAAUGGUCCCCAAAAAGCUUUAGCAUACGUUCUUGCCGAUGCAGGAUACGACGUGUGGAUACCAAAUAUUCGUGGGAACAGAUAUUCAAAACAGCAUACUUGGUGGAAAGCCGAUUCAAAAGAGUAUUGGAAUUUUUCUUGGCAUGAUGUCGCUAUACAUGAUAUUCCUGCUGUCAUAGACUAUAUCAUGAAAUUGAAAGGACAAGAUACAAAAAUAACUUAUAUCGGACAUUCUAUGGGCACAACAAUUCUGUUUACUAUGUUAGCUCUUCGGCCAGAAUAUAAUGAUAUACUCAAGGCGGGCAUUGCUUUGGCCCCAGUUGUAUUUAUGUCCGAUAUAAAGUCACCAUUAAAAUCGUUAGCACCUAUAGCCAGUAAUGUAGCGUACAUGGAAAUGAUUUACGGUUCUCACGAAUUCAUUCCAAAGGCAUCAACAUUAGGUGAGAUGACGAAGUCUUGCGAAGCAGAGCUCAAAGACACAAUGGUCUGUAAUCACAUAGUGUUCUACCUCUGUGGGUAUGAUAAAGUGCAAAUGAAUGAGACUUUGCUCCCAGUAUUCCUAGCUCAUUUCGGUACAGGAACUUCUUGGAAAACACUGGUACAUUUCGCCCAAGAAAUUGUUUCUGCAGGGAAAUAUCAGUAUUUUGAUUACGGGUCGUAUUACAAUGAGAAAAUCUAUGGCACAGAAACUCCACCAGAGUAUGAUCUGAGUAAAAUAGCACUACCAAUCACGCUUUUCUGGGCAAAGAACGAUUUGUUGUCGAGUGAAAGAGACGUAAAGAUUCUGCAAGAGAAAUUGCCAGUGACAACGAAGAGUUAUCUUGUUCCGUAUCCUGAGUUCAAUCAUUUGGACUACUUGUGGGCUAUAGAUGCUCCUAGAUUAAUUAACGACAAGGUCUUAUCUUCAUUGGAUGAGUAUUUUGAAAACAAACCUAAACACUUCAGCUUUAGAUUCCAUUUUAAGUGAUGUUUGAAUGACACGAUUCUCAACUUUCCUAGUAUUGAUAAGGGGGAAGUUUUGGGUUCAUUAAAUGGAAACAAAGUGAUAAUGUAAGCACUGUGAUGUUGUGAUAUGAGUAGUGUUUUAAUUAGGUUUUAUUGAAAUAGGUACAUAAUAAGUAAAACUGUAUUAUAAUAAAUUGAGCGACGAUUGUUUUUAACUAUAAAAAUAAGC